AAUAGCCAAUGGAGAAACGGUUGGGUAGGCUUAUCACAGUUCAAUUAAAGUCACGAUGUAUUGCUCUUUUAAACACAAUCGAAUUUUAGCAAUAAAUACUAAAUCCAUUGCUAAAGGAACAAGGUUUAAGAAAUCAGUUCUUACAAAGCAAUGCCCUAUUUGUUCUCCCCUACAACUAAAUUUGGCUAGAAGUAUAGCUUCGUCUUGUAACAGUUAUAAAUUUCCAAAUUAUGACUAUGAGCAGAAAUUGUGUAGAUAUUUCCCUCAGAAGAUCAGCAUUCCAGUCAUCAGUUAUUCAAGAAGUUUUCACAGUAAUGUGGUAUUAUUUAGUUCAGAACCUCUUAAACCAUCUUCAAAAGUUGAAGAAACUGUACAUGUAUUGAAAGAAAAAGCCAAAGAGCAAUUGAAGUCGGAAACGGUUGCAGCGCCAGUUGAAAAACCAACUGCGGUUGCAGUUCCAAAAAAACCUUUGAAACAGAGAAUUGUAGACGAAAUUGUCCAUUAUUAUCAUGGCUUCAGACUGCUUUUUAUUGACAUGAAUGUUUCAAGGAAGUUAAUUUGGAGAGUUCUUAAUGGGAAGCAACUUACUAGACGAGAGUACAAAUUGCUUGUUAGAACUGUGGGUGAUAUGUUUCGAUUAAUACCUUUUUCUGUAUUUAUCAUUGUACCAUUUAUGGAAUUAGCAUUACCGAUUUUUAUUAAGUUGUUUCCUGGUAUGUUACCCUCAACAUUUCAAACUUCAUCUGAGAAGGAAGAUAAAAUCAAGAAGAAUUUGAAGGUGAAGCUAGAAAUGACCAAGUUUUUGCAGCAAACUUUGGAUGAAAUGGCUGUGUCAAGUAAGGGACAUUCUUCUGUAGCUGCAAAAGAUUUUGCAGAAUUCUUUCAGAAAGUUCGCACUAGUGGAGGAAUGACUACUUCAGAAGAUAUAUUGAAGUUUUCAAAACUGUUUGAAGAUGAGAUUACUCUUGAUAAUCUUCCUCGACCUCAGUUGAUGGCUCUGUGUCGGGUUAUGGAAAUGAACCCUAUCGGUACUACAAACUUGCUCCGAUUUCAGCUGAGGCUGAAGUUGAGAAGUCUUAUGGCUGAUGAUAAGAUGAUACAGAAGGAAGGUAUCAACUCUUUAACCGUUAGUGAACUUCAGGCAGCUUGCAGGGCCAGAGGUAUGCGUGCUCUUGGAAUUUCGGAAGAAAGAUUGAGAGCCCAGUUGGCACAAUGGUUGGAAUUAUCUUUAGAAAAAAAGGUUCCACCAUCUCUUCUUCUUCUUACACAGGCCUUUAUGUUUCCUGAUGCAAUACCUACUGAACAGAAAUUGGCAGCUACUAUCCAGGCUCUUCCUGAUGUUGUUGCUACAGCUACAAAAGCUGUUAUAGGAGAAAGAGAAGGUAAAGUGGACUAUAAGACGAAGGUAGAAGUUGUCAAAGAAGAAAUCGAAAAGAUAAUUGAAGAGAGGAGAGAAAUGCAAGAUGAAGAAAUAAAGACUCAACAAAAGGAAGCAGAAAAACUGAAAGAAGAGAUAAUGGUAGAUCCUGCUCCUACAUUAAUGGGCGAAGUGGACCCUGCUUUGAAAGCUAUCGUAGAUGAUAUCAAGAAGACUGCUAUCAAAGAACAGCCUAAGGAUGAUGAAAUCACAUCUAAAGAUAUCGCUGCUCUUGGUACUGCUAUUGAACAGAAAUUGCUGUUUGAAAAAGAAUCUUUAGCAGAAUUAAGGCAGGAAAUGCAGGAGUAUGAAGAGGAUAUAAAUGAUUUGAAGAGUGCCUUAAAAAUGUCAAAGGAGUUUGAAGAAGUGAAGGAAACGAAGGCAGCUAAGAGGCUAUUUAAAAAAGUGAAUAAAUUGAUCUCGAAAAUGGACAAUGUCUUAGCUAAACUCGAACAACACGAAAAGCCUGCUCAGAAAAAAGAGGGGGAAGACGUACUUCGAAUCGAUGAAUUGAUCGACUCAAUUAAGAGAAUUCAAGGUGUCUCUGAAUCUGCUGGUCUUGACAGACUUUCUGAGGUUUUAAAUAAACUAGAUGCUGAUAGGGAUGGCCUCGUCAGAGUUGAUUGGCUAAUAAAAAUGUUGGAUAUUAUCGGAGAUGAAGGAGUUAAACUUAAUAAGAAACAAAUAAGCGAAUUGAUUGAGCUUUUGGACAAGGAAGAAGCGAUUGAAAUGGAUUUACAAAUAUUGAAGCAACUAAAGAAAGAUGAUGAUAUGGCUAAUUUGAAGAAAGAAUUUGAAAAAAAGAGAGCUGAAUACAUACGAGAAAAACUGUUGUCUUUGAAAACGCUCCCUAUCACUAAAUUAAGUGAUGUAGUAAGUUCAGGAACACCAGAUGACAAAGAGACGAUUAUCAAAAGCGAACCAAAAGUAGAGAAGAAGAUCAAUGACGUAGCUCCAGUUGCUUUGGCAUCAAACGCUCAGCAACAACAAACUGAAAUCAACAGUACAAAUAAACCUGCCAGCGUGGAAGAACCAAAAUCUUCUACAGGCUCACCACAGGAUCUGCGAUAGCAAAAGUAGAAACAUAGUGUUUAUUUCUGUUUUUGUUUUUUUUUUAUUAAUUUUUUUCUUUGGAUGUAUAUAGAUUAACGCUCCAAGAGCUUUUCCUGAAAAUAUCUGUGUAUAUUGGUAAAGGAGUAUUUUUUUUUAAUUAAUUGAUGUAAAAUAUCCCCAAUGUUUCUGUAACAUUUUGUUUUUAUAUUGCUAUAUAUUUUUAUUUUUUAUGAUGAGUAAAAAUGUUGAUAUGAAGUUUCAAUUGUUGAGUUGAAAAAAAAAAAAAAUUAUUUAUUGUAUUAGAAUCAAUGUUAAGAUUUAGUCGUGACAAAAAAAUGCCAAUAAAUUAUAUUGGUAAGGUAGCUAUUAAUAUAGAUUUACAGUAAUGAGCAUUCUUACACAAGCUGAUAUGUGAUAACUUACCCCUAGCUAAGAAAAAUAAGUGUCUGUCUAUUGUAUUGGUUUUGAAAAAUUCAAUUAUCACUUCAAACUUUUGAAUUGAAGUGAAGAAACUAUUUUUUUUUUUUUUUUU